GACAAAGGGCCACACCGAGCAGAAGCGCACAGCCUCUGCUCCUAGCCCUUGAGGGGUGUCGCCCCAGUUUCUGGCCUCCAGUCCGCUGGCAAAUGGUCACAAGCUGCUGCUGAGCCCCUCUGUGGGGUUUCUCAGCCCGGACCUGUUGGCUGACUUAGGAGCUCCAUGGAGACUUGGCGGAAAGGCUCCUUCCGCAAUGCCUCCUUCUUCAAGAGAAUAACCCUGGGGCGGCCGCGUCGACUGCAGCGACAGGGCAGCACACUCAGCCAGGCCAGCACUGCUGGUGGUGACCAUGAGGAGUACAGCAACAGAGAAGUCAUCCGGGAACUUCGAGGGAGGCCAGAUGGCCGGCGUCUGCCCUUGUGGGGGGAUGAGCAGCCCCGAGCCACUCUGCUGGCCCCACCCAAGCCCCCACGUCUCUACCGAGAGAGCUCCAGUUGCCCCAAUAUUCUGGAGCCCCCAGCAACCUACACUGCCGCCUACUCGGCCACCCUGCCUUCAGCCAUCUCCCUGACAGGCCCUCUCCACCAAUGCUCACAAGAGGACCUUUUGGAUACUCCCCAUUUCCCGAGGACACCUAAUCCGGACCUCAAUGACCCUUUCUUUUCCUUCAAAGUGGACCUGGGGAUUUCACUUCUGGAGGAAGUUCUUCAGAUGCUGAAAGAGCAGUUUCCUAGUGAGCCCCACUUCUGACCCCGGUGAGGGCAGAGAGAACUGGGGUGACUGGAGCCUAGGCAGGUAAAGUGUGGAUUAUGGAGCAGGCAGAGACAUAAACCACAGUGCAGCCGCCCGACUGCUGAGCAAUCCUCAAGGCACCCGCAGUGAAGGACAGAAGCCAGCUGGGAAAGAAUGGGGGUCACUCUCUGGAAGGAGCCCUGAAGGAGGCUGGAAAGUCAGGAAAAGGAAGCCACACCUGCAACCACAGGAACUGGUCAGAGGUCAGGAGAGAGACAGGGUGGCACAGGGCGAGGCAGGAAGUAGGACUCAGACUGGGCAGGACACACAGUGCUCUGCACCAGCCUCCAGAACCACUGUCAACAGAGAAAUCAUAGGCUACAUCUAGGAGGAAGCAGCCUGAGAUUUAGAGGAAGGCCGGAGAGAGCAGAGCAGAGGUAGAAAAGCCACCCCUCACUUCCUUUGAUUUUUUUUUUUUUUUUUUUUUAAUUUUUGAGACAGGGUUUCUCCGUAGCUUUUGGUUCCUGUCCUGGAACUAGCUCUUGUAGACCAGGCUGGCCUCGAACUCACAAAGAUCCGCCUGCCUCUGCCUCCCGAGUGCUGGGAUUAAAGGCGUGCGCCACCACUGCCCGGCCCUAUGCUUGUUUAAUUGAAGUAAAAGCAAACCGAAAGUUCGGUUCCAGAGGCUGGAGAAAUGGCUCGGUGGAUAAAGAGUUUGUAUGCAGGCAGGAAGGCCUGAGUUCAGACCUCCAGUACCCACAUGAAAAAAGCCGGGCAGGUGUGACAGCCUGCCUGGAAUUCCCGCGUUCAGGAUGCAGGCACCAGGAGUCCCGGGGGCAGGCUGGCUGGCUAGACUAGUCAGAUUGGCAGACUCCAGGCCCACGCACACACACGCACACACACACUCAAACAUACACUUUACAGACACAAACACAAAUCCGUUCCUUUUCACCUUAGCCAAUGUUUGCUUGUUUUUGAGACAAGGUCUCUUCCAUAGUACGGGUGGCCUUAAGCUUGAUGCUCCUGGGACUGCAGGCAUGUGCCACCACACCCCGCUGUUUAGACCACACUGGGACCCAAACCCUGAGCUUCACGCAUGCCAAGCAAGUACUCUACCAAAACGAGCCACAUGCCAGCCCUCUAGCCACAUUUUAAAGAUGUUUUUAAAAAUUAUUUUUAAUUGUGUGUGUGUGUGUGUGUGCAUGCACACACGUAUACACAGGUGCCUGCAGAGGCCAAAAGUGUGAGAUACCCCUGGAGCCAGUUACAGGCAGUUGUGAGCCGCUUGAUAUGGUUGCUAGGAAUUGAUUCAGGUCCUCUGGAAGAAUAGUGUCUGUUCUGAAUUGAUGAGCCAUCUUUCCAGCCUAUCUAGCCAUAUUUUAAAUCAACAGCCACACCUGAUUCAUGCUACCAUACUGGACGACAGUAUGACAUUGUUAGACCGAAGUCCACCAUAUGGUGCUGGCCAGACACUAGUGCGGAAACAUCAGAAGCUUGGCUAAGGAAAGGAAGAUGCCGCCCGGGGCACAAAUGCAGGAGGGGCUGACAGAGCAGGAGAGGCAGGUGGAGGAAAAGGCAGGCGAAUGCCCAACAAUCAUUACCAAAACAGAGUGUGAGACUCGAGCUGCUCACAGACCCUAAGCGAUCCUGUGAGGAGUGUUCUGGGAACUCCCAGUGUUAUGUAUGGAGCCUCUGGGAAAGGCUGUGCAGACAGCAGCCUUCCUUCCCAGCAGAGGGAUGACUUGAUCAGGGAAAGAACAAUGCACCAAGCGGCUCCAGAAUCCUCCACCAGGCGGGGAGUUCUGCCUUGCCCCAAACAGGCCAAGGCUGCACCUGUUGUUACCACCCCAGUCUGUGGCUCGGCCACAUCUGAAUCCAGAACUCAGAAGUGCAGGACACGUGGGUCUGGCCCCAGGCUACUCCGACUGUGAAAGAAGAGUAGAGGGAAGGCUGACACACCCUGUGACGUCUCUCCUGCGCCUGUGCGGAGGUGCCCAGCUGGGGGCUCUGGAUACAGAGGCAGUGAAUAAAGGUUUUCUAAUGCAGCCUACAGAGAGUGACCUGGAUGUGGAAGGCUGAAACUGAAUGGUGGAGGAGCAAGGCUUCUUUUAAGUCAAGAUCCUGAGCUGGCCUAGACCACUUCAUGUCCCUCCUCUACCCUGGGUUUGGGACACUGUGGUGGUGCGAAUGAGAAUGGCCCCAAAGACUCAUGUGUUUGAAUGCUUGGUGCCCAGCUGGUGGAACUGUUUGGGGAGAAUUAGCAGGUGUGGUGGUCUUGGAGGCGGGGUGUCCUGGGGGUGGGCUUUGAGGCUUCAAAAGCCCAUGUCAUUCCCAGUUAGUUCUCUCUCUGCCUUGUGGUGGUUACCUCAGCAUAUAAGCUUGUAGCUACUGCUCCAGCAUCCUGCCUACUGCCAUACCCUACCCUAAUGGCCAUGGGCUCUAUAACCUCUGGAGCCAUGAGACCCCCCACUUAAAGUAAAUGCUUUCCUUUAUAAGUUGCCUUGGUUAUGGUGACAAAACUGUCAUGGUAGUAGAAAAGUAACUAAGACAGGCACACUCCCCAGAACUCCCAACCUCUCAGGCAGGGACAGGCACAGGUAGCCAGACAGAGACCCUGAUAACUCUGGGAGGCUGUGGACAUGCCAACAGGUACCUUCAGAGAAGAGAAGACCAGAAACUCCCACCCCCAAAGUACUUAUUUCUCCAGCACAAGUGACCAGGAGUCUAUGCCCCAACCUCUGCAGUCAGGCUGAAAAACUGGGCCAUCAAAGACAGAGGGAGCACUAGCCUCUGUGGAGUUGGGAGGACUGACACAGAGUGAACACUAGCCUCUGUGGAGUUGGGAGGACUGACACAGAGUGAACACUAGCCUCUGUGGAGUCGGGAGGACUGAGACAGUGCACACUAGCCUCUGUGGAGUCGGGAGGACGGAGACAGUGAGCACUAGCCUCUGUGGAGUCGGGAGGACGGAGACAGUGAACACUAGCCUCUGUGGAGUCGGGAGGACUGAGACAGUGCACACUAGCCUCUGUGGAGUCGGGAGGACUGGGACAGUGAACACUAGCCUCUGUGGAGUCGGGAGGACGGAGACAGUGAGCACUAGCCUCUGUGGAGUCGGGAGGACUGAGAAAGCACUAGCCUCUGUGGAGUCGGGAGGACAGAGACAGUGAGCACUAGCCUCUGUGGAGUCAGGAGGACUGAGACAGUGAACACUAGCCUCUAUGGAGUCAGGAGGACGGAGACAGUGAACACUAGCCUCUGUGGAGUUGGGAGGACGGAGACAGUGAACACUAGCCUCUAUGGAGUCGGGAGGACGGAGACAGUGAACACUAGCCUCUGUGGAGUUGGGAGGACGGAGACAGUGAACACUAGCCUCUAUGGAGUCGGGAGAACUGAGACAGUGAACACUAGCCUCUGUGGAGUCGGGAGGACUGAGACAGUGAGCACUAGCCUCUGUGGAGUCGGGAGGACUCAGAGGCAGCUAGAAGGAGCACAAGUGGCCACAAGCGGAGCAGCAGAUACAGCACUGCAGGUUCAACACAGGGUGGGAUGCUCUCUCUAGAGGAGACGAGCUCAUAGCAUCUGUUCUAGUCACCUGCCUGCUGGCCUCUUCAUCCAGCACAGGAUUGGCUGACCUCCAAAUCCAAUGAGAGCUCCAACAGGAGACACACAUGGGCCAACUUUUUUCUUUUCUUUUUCUCUUUUCUUUUUGCUUUUUCAAGACAGGGACUCUCUGUGUAGCCCUGGCUAUUCUAGAGCUCACUCUGUAGACCACGCUGGCCUUGAACUCAGAGAUCCAGCUGCCUCCCCUCCCGAGUGCUGGGACUAAAGGUGUGCGCCACCAGUCUGACAUGCGUGCUUCAGUGGUAGCAGGACCCUGGGUUUGAUACAUUGCCAGAAAAAAAUAAAAAUAGAAAAGAAAAAAAUACCAGGUUGUGGUGCAUGCCUUUAAUCUCAGCACUUGGGAUGCAGAGUCAAGUGUCUCUCUGAGUCUGAUGCCAGCCUGAUCUACAGAAUGAGUUCCAGGACAG